CGGGAUCUUCAACGCUGCGAGUGUUGAAACCGUGAUUAGCUCAGUGGCCAUUAUGGAGAUGUUGAACAAAGAACAACUUGAUAUUAGUUGUAUUCUCUGGUAUCAAAUAAUGCUACAUUCACUCAUGCUUGUAUCAAGAAUGGAUAACAAAUGUGGUUUUAUAAACCCACAAUGUAUCACGUCUACGAGAUGUGAAUACGAUGAUAGGGGUGAAACAGAUCAUGUCAUCAAUGAUCUUGUUGAUAUGAUGAAUUUUCAUGAGGAAAAACAAUUUUUUCUUGCACCAUAUUGGGAAAGGAGACAUUGGAUGUUGAUAGUGAUUUGUCCUCAUCAAUAUAAAAGCUACAUUUUGGAUUCUGCAAGACAGACAAAGACAUUGAAAGACUACACAAUAGUUGAACAUGUGAAUAAGGCUGUUACAAGGUUUAAAAAAACAAAAACCAACAAAUCACGUUUGUGUCCAAUGACUUGGAUUUUCCCCAAGUGUAAUCAACAAUUGUCCGAUUGGGAGUGUGGUUACUACGUUAUGAACUGGAUGCAUGAGUUUGUACUUUUUCGACAACAUGGAUUUCCGAAAAACAUUUGGAAGGACAAAAAACCAUUUUCUAGUGAGGAAUUGGAGGAACGUGUUAAAACAUGGAUGAGAACUUUUGGUGAUAAAGUGAAGCCUUUUUGUAAGGCAUACAAUGAAUCAACCACAAAGGGGAAAGAGAGGUUAGAGGUGACAAAGGGGAAAGAGAGGUUAGAGAUGUGACAUUAACAAAGUUUUUUCUGUUUAAUGAACUAAGUUCAUUGUAAUUUUUUUUCUAUUUCUGAAAAUGAAAACAUGAUCACUGAUGUCCCACUUCUUAUGGUUGGAAUGGAAUCAUAUAGUAGGUUUGUAUUUUGUAGAGAUUGAUCCAUGUGUUCCAGAGCAUCCAUGGACUGUAAUUGACUGUUUGGAGUGGAAUUGGAAUGGAAUUGGUGUAUUAGAUGUGAGACAUCAA